AGCCAGGAAGCUCUCAUUCCAGGAAGUCGCACCGUGACCGGCGAGCAGCCCUGACUCCCCAGGUUGCACUCAAGAGAUGGCGGCAGGCUUCUCCAGGGCCCCCGAGGGCUGAGGGCGACCCCACCUGCUCCCCGCACCCCCACACAGACCAGCGCGUCCUAGCGCCCAGCGCGGGGUCAUGCCUGGGGAGCAGCCCCGGAGGCCACCACCCCCAACCACGACGGGAGACCUGCCACCCUACCGAGUGGCCAGCAGCCUGGGACACCCCUCGCAGCCGCCCUGCGAGAACCCUGCUGUGGCCAGCGGGACUACCCAGGGUGCGAGGGACGCAGGCAGCAGGACCCGGGCCACGGAGCCCCGCAAGGCCCAGCCAAGGCAGGCAGGAGAGGUGGAAGCCAAGGCCCUCCUGCUGAGUGCCCAGAACCUGGGCAGCACCCCUGGGAAGCGGGGCAGCCCCCAGGCACCCGUAGCACGGAGCCAUGCACAGACUCACCUGCGGCUGGCAGGCAAGGUGGGCAGCAGCCCCCAGCAGCACUGCAGCCUGAGCAUCGUCAACUCCAGGGCUGAGACGCCCAAAGACCCACACCGUGAGGUCCCCGAGAGCCCUGGGCCUGCACCCCAUCUCAGACCCAGCCUCGUGAGUGCCGGGGCCCCACCUGCCCCAGAAGAGCUCAGCUUCCAAAGGUGCUUUCAGGGGGACCCCUCAGUCUGUACCUCCACUGACGGUACCUCGCUGGCCACCACCCCCGGGUCCCCACCCCUGAGGGACCCCCGGGGCCAUGGCGCCAGCCCCCACAGGCCAGCCUCCUACCCCACGUUCCAGGCUGGCCAGGCUGACUCCUGGACCCCUGCUGCUGGGAGCAGCUUCCCAGGUGCUAAUCUCGGGGUCUCCCCGGGUGAGCCAGAGCCCUUUCCCAAAGGCAAUAGGCCAGGAGGCAGCCCCAGGGGGGUGUCCUUCCAGUUCCCCUUCCCAGAACUGCACGGGGCUGGUGCCAAACCCUUCCCUGCAGAAAUGGCCAUGUCCGAGCACACCGAGGGGACGCUGGUGCUCGCCUUCCACCAAGCCACGGGAGUGUGGCCAGAUGGGGCCUUGGGCACAGGCCCCGCCUGCCCACCACCCACCCAGCCUGCACCCCCACUGCCCUGGUACCCAGGCCAGCCAGGUGGCCUCGAUGGCACCCUACCUCCCCCUAGUGCUGCUCCCCCCAGCCCCUUCUCUGACAGUUUACACGAGAGCCUGACCAAAGUCCUUCCCGAAAGACCACCUUCCACCUGCAGCAGAAUGGGGAGCCCAGGGGGAACCCCAAACCCCCUGCCCCAAAGGCACCUUCUGGGGCCGGCCUAUAGACUCAGUGGGGUGGGCACCAGCCUGGGGCCCCUGGACCCCGAGCUGGCCACCCCAGGUCCCAUGGCUGUCAGACUAUCCAAGCUGUGGGACCCCCCUGCAGCCUCUUACCCUAAGCCUCCCCUGGGCGCCCCCGCCACUGCCAGGAACAUGUUCUCUGACCGCCAGCCCAGCCCAGGCCGGCAGCUCUGUCUCCCCCAAGGUCUUUCCCUGCCUUGGCCCCAAGGGCUCCCUACCCGCGGGCCAGGUCCCCACCAGAUGGACACCAUGAGCCAGCUCUCCUUCCCUGCGGGGACCCCCGAGUGGCAGGGAGCCUGCCAGGGUACCCUGGGUGCUGGGGAGGUGCUGGCUGAUAUGAGGAAGGGCCCCGGCCAGUCGGCGGGCACCCCUGGGCUGUUCACCCACACGGCGCUGAAGGACCCAGGGACUCAGCCCCUGUUCAGGGUGGCCCAGCCCCAGGUGUCUCCCCGUGGGACGCCCAGGGUGGUGGGAGCCUCCCCCCGCGAGUCCCCGCUGCCCUCGCCCGCGACCAGCACAGCCAGCAGCAGCGCCUGCUCGUCCCUGUCCCCCCUCUCCAGCAGCCCGGCCAAUCCCAGCUCUGAGGAGGGCCAGCUCCCAGGUCCCCUGGUACCCUCUGCCUUCUUCCAUGCCCCCACGCACUCCCAGGAGACCGGCAGCCCCUUCCAGUCCCCUGCCCCCAGCCACUACCAGCCAGAGCCAGUCAAGACCUUCAGGUUCCCCGUGGAUGGGCUGGUGGCUGAGGGCAGCCUCCAAGGCCUGGAUGAGGUGGGCGGGGCAGGGCCGCCCCCGUACAUGGCCGCCCACUUCCCCCUGAGCAGCGCCAGCCUGGACCAGCUGGACGUGCUGCUCACCUGCAGACAGUGUGACCGCACCUACGGCAGCCUGGCCGCCUUCCUGGCCCACCGGCAGUUCUGUGGCCUGCUGCUGGCCAGGGCCAAGGACGGCCCGCCCAGGCUUCCCGACGCCCCUGGAGCACGCGCCCACAUACACGCUGGCCCACUCAGCCAGGCCAAGAUGGCCCCCUUCCCAGCAGCUGGAGGCACGCAGGGGGAUGGCAGGGACGACCCCCUGAGGACGAGCCUCCUGCCCAGCCUGGCCGCUCCCUUCCCGCUCCCGGCCUCUGACCUGGACCCGGAGGACGAUGCCAAGCUGGACAGCCUCAUCACUGAGGCCCUGAACGGCAUGGAGCACCAGCCUGGCAGCCUUGAGAUUGACAGCAGCUUCAUCGAUGUGUUCACAGACGAGGAGCCCUCUGGCCCCAGAGGGCCAGGCCCAGGGCAGCUCCCCAAGGCCAGGGCAGGGGCCACUGCAGAGGGCAGAGGCCAGGCCCCCGUCACAGCGGCUGGGCUAGAGCCCCAAACCUCCUACGCCGGAGACAAGGGCUGCCCAGCCCGGAGCCGGCCCAAGACCCGCUCCCUGGGCCCCGCCUCUCUGAGGCCAAGGAGGAAGGACCAGCAAGCUGAGCGGCUCCCGGCCCGCAGCCGGGACCUCAGGAUGCGGGCCUCCAGAAGCCGCACCGACCCUGAGGGCCAGGUGUCCAGAGCCAGCAACCCCCCAGGAGAACCCAGGGGCUCCAGACGCCCCCGACUGCCCCCGCGGAAGGACAGGAAGAGGCGGGCCCGAGGCGGUACCUGGAACAAGGAGCUCAUCCACAAGAUUGUCCUGCAGAAGAACAGGCCGCGGCGUGGGCCACCCCCGCCGGCCUCCCAGGGGCCCCUGGCGCACGCCGUGCCGGAUAGCAGAUCCCCCGAGUGGGGCUGUGCGUCGGAGUCCGAGGAGGACACACACCCUCCACGGGAGGGCUCCGGGGUCCCGGGCCGACAGCCCCGUGGCUGCCCGAGGUGGCGCCGAGGUGAGAAGAAGGUGGAAGUGGAGGAGACCCGAGGCCCCAGGGCAGAGGGAGGGCGGCAGCGAGGCAGGACGGUUGGCAGGCGGGGAGCUGGACAGGACAGGGGCUCUCCAAGCCCAGAAGAGUCAUGGGGGACCCACGCAGGCGCCAGCAAGAGCCUGGAGGCCAGGGAGGCCCCUGUGAGAGGAGGCCCUGCCCGUCCUGUGAAGGUCCCCACACACACCGAGGCCCCAGAGGGGCCUUUGCAGGACGGCCCCCAGAAGGCUGAGAUUACCGAAGAGGCUCCCCCUGGCACCACGGACCUGCAAGGGGCUGUAAGUGCUCCUCCAGCUGCCGGCCAGAGUGCAAGCCCGGGUUCCCCAGCCCCAGGGCGGCCCCCACCCGGCCACGAGGACACCAGCAGACCCGAGUCAUCGAGAGGCCUCGUCUCCCCCAGUGCGGGCGGUCUGCGUGGCGCUGUGGGCCACCAUGACCGAAAGGACUCCCCUGCCCUCUCGCUCUGGAAGAAUGCAAGUCUCGACCGCAUCCCCAGUCCUGCCUGCGGAGACUCUGUGGGGGCUCCAGCUGCCAAAAGGAGGCACCAGCCCCAGAGCAGUGCCCCCAGCGAAUUGUUCAUUGGACCCAAAGACCUGGCUGGCUGUUUCCCUGGAGACCUGGACCCCAAAUCCCUAGCUACAGUCACAGGGCCAGCCAGCAACACCUGCCUUUGCCAUCAUGGUGUGGACAUGGAGCCCCUCAAGCCAAGACCGCCCAAGAACCCACCCUACAUGGCGGGGAUGGCCCACGGUCAAGCCCAGUCACCGCUGACCUUGGAGCCCACGUGCCUCUUCUCGGGGCUGGCCCUGGACGGGUCUGGCCCGCCACUCUACAGCAGCCUGUGUGCAAACAGGGACCCCCAUGCACCCAUGGCAUGUGCGGGCCCUCCUCUGAGGACGGUCCCCUUACAGCCUCCGGGCCCCUCAUUCUUGCUGCUGGACGAAGGGUCCCCAGCACUGCCUGGCCACUUUCUUGAGCUCUCAGAGGACAAGGCACUUGGGAAGAAGCACCCCUGUGCAGGGACAGCGGCCCCCAGCCCUCCCCCCGGGCCAGGGAAGGGAAGCGAAUACAGUGUCUCUCUUCGGAGCAAUCUGUCCGAGGACGAGCUAGAGAUCCGAAGGCUGGUCACGGAGCUGGAGAGGGAGCUACGGAGGGGCAGAGGUGCGCCCGGGGCCCCUGGGGACCCGGGAGAGGCCCAGCGUGCUGGCAGGGUAGGCUCCCCGCUGCCUGCCCACCGGGCUGCCUCAGGCCCCGGGGACGCGUUCCCUGCAGAGGCCCUACAAGGGCUUCAGGACCCUAACCCACACGAGCUGCAUGCAGAGAGAACCGUGGCCACGGCACCCCGGAGCCCACGGGGGGAGAGGCCCCGGCCCACCCCAGCCCACCAUGGAGGGGCAACCCUGGCCCCUGGCACCCACGCCACCCCCACAGGGACCAGCCUCGGUUUCCAGCCGGCGCACAAAGCCAGGUUCCCCGAGAUGGGACUCCCCAAGGCGGAACAAGACUGUGAGGUAUCCCCGGCUGUGUGUUCACCGGACCCCAACGAGCGGCAGGAGCCCCUGCUGGGUGGUUCCCCGGGCCCCAACGAGCGGCAGGAGCCCCUGCUGGGUGUUGGGGGCUUCGCAAAGUGCAGCCCCAACGGGACGCAGGAAAGCCAAGACCUCUCAAGGCUGCUUCCCCGGGGCCAGAGAGGAGGGCUGGUCCUAGAGCCCGGUACUGUGGACAGGCCCUACCCAGAUCCCCAUGUGCUGGUGGCUCUCGGCAGCCCUGCCGCCCACCUGGCAUCUGACCUGGUACUCCGGAGCAACGUCACCCCGCUUCAUGGUGCCAGCCACAGUCGUGCCUCCCAGGGCCGUGCUGCAGACACCGCAGGUGCGCCCAGCGGCGCAGGGCUCCCCCACCCCGCAGCGGAGCGCCCCGGCUCUGAGGGCGGUGUGCUCACAGCCACGGGGCCAUCCUGGACGACUGCUCGCCAGGGCGGGGAGGCCCACUCGAUCCCUGCCCCGAGUCGCACCUGCGUGCCCGAUGUUGGCCCUGGCAGGGGCCCCCAGGACCCAGCCUUGAGCCCCUUACGUCACCCUCAGCUCCUGGGGGCUGGAUCAGCUAAGAACGAAAGUGACACACAGGAACUGCCACCUCCCAAAGUCCAGAGCCUCCCUCCAGGGGCUCCCUCAGGUCUAGCAGGGGGCCUCCGGGAAGGUGGGGACGUGGCCCUCAGCCCUGCCCAGGACUCCUCGGGAGGAGUGCAGGUGACAGCUGCCUUUGCAAUGGCCAGACGUUGGCCGGGGCCUGAAGCAGAUGGACCUCUGGGCUUGUGUGGCCUGGCUGAGGGGCCCGAGGGUCAAGGCCACGCCAGCUGGCUUCAGCCAGAGAGCCAGGGGAGCCCGGGCGGGCAGGCCGUGGUUGGCACUGACCCUGCAGCCACACCGGCCAGGCCUGCGAGGAGUGCAGACGUGCUGGAAGAGGAGCGGGGGGGGAGCGGGGCCACCUCGAGCCCCACCACCCCGGAGAGAGAGUCCUGGCUGCUGGCCUCGGCGGCCCACCCCACGGAUGGGCCCGUGGGCUCACCCACAGAGAUGGUGCCCGGCCCAGGCCCAGGGUCGUUGCUGCUCCCCCAGGAGGGCCCAGCACCCGCACCUGGGAGCCUGGGCCCCUGUGUCCCCCUGCCCACCACUGUAGUCACCCAAGGAGACCCUCCCACCGUGCCUUCUGAGGCCACAGGGGCUCCAGGCAAGCUGAGGAGGCCACUCCCCACAUCUCUGUCCUACAGGGACUCCCCCAGCGCCCUGCACCUGCUGCCCUGUCCCUUCACCUGGGCACCUCCAGAGGGGGGCCUGGAAGCAUUCCCAUGUUUGACAGCAAAUCCCUGUGACCCCGAGGAAGUUGUGGCUCACAAUCUCGCCACGGGGGAUGGCUGCCCCCUGGAAGAUCCUCCCACAUGCCAGCCUGGGUUCAUCGAGGCCUUGAAGCCCACCUGUAGGGAGGCCAGCCCCAAAGAGGGCACAUUAAGGACUCAGGAGGGCUCUAGAAAGGAGAGGCCAAGGAGGGGUCCUGCUGCUGCCGCUCCCACCCCAGUGGGGGGCAGGCCCUCGAGAGCAGCUGCCGGCCUGCCCACCCUCCCGGCCAACGAAGAGACUGAGACAGCCAAGGGGCCUCGGGGGCCACGCCCCCCUCGCACAGGGUCCCUGCCCCCCAGCCCUGAUGGGGUUCCCAAGGACCCCUCAGACCUGCCAAGCAAUACUGGCCACCUCGGCCCUAGGGACAGCCACAGUGUCACUGACCUCACCACGCCGGGGGCCACAGAGCCAGACUCCCACACCUGCCCAGAAGGUGAAGCAGGGCCCAGCAGUGAGGGCCGGGAGCACCCGGGGAUGCCUGGUCUUGCAAAGGUGCCCCGGGUUGGCAGCAAAGGCCGGACUGUCACCUGCCCUUCAGCACGGCUCCGACUGGACCCUGACGUCAGCAGAGAUGCCCUCCGCUGCAUGCCCCGGAGGAACCCCCGCGGCCCCCGAGACCCCCAGCAGAGACCCCAUGGCUUUACAAAGAAGCUCUUGUCCACAGAGAAGGGCCGAGCCCCAGACGGGCUGCCAGCAACCUGCGACGUCUGUGCGGCCUCCUUCCGCUCCCGGCCUGGCCUAAGCCGUCACAAAGCCAGGAAACACCGACUCCAGCCCCUCCCCGACCUCCCUGCUCCCCAGCCCUCAGAGCCCAAAGCCCAACUCUGCCAGCCCCCUGGGGUCGACCACCAGGUGCCCGGGAGGGAAAGACCAGCCCACUCGCCAAUCCAGGACCCCAGCCAUGCUGCCGAGGAUGCCCCAGAGUCUGAGGCAUGGGUGGAGGGCAGGCAGGGGCUCGGGGUCCCAGGAACACGAGGCUCCCCUCCCAGCCAGCAGCCAGACCCCCACGGCCGGACCAGGCGAGAGCUAGGCAUGAACGCUGCAGCCUCAGUGCCCAGGCGGCCAGCACAGCCCCGAACUGAGCGUGCGGCGCAGAGAGAGGGGCCACAAAGGGGCAACCGGCCUGUGGACUGCUCCAGUGAUGCGGAGGGGCCCAAUGGGAAACGGGGGAGGCUGAGAGCGAGAAGGGCCCGGGCGCGGCCCGCUCCCCGUGUCUCUCCUGAUGCGAUUUCAGAUAGGCGGGGCUCGGGUCCUUCAACUGCCAUCGCCAAUUACCCAGCCCCGCCGAGCCGCUGCCUGUCUCUGUCCCCAGAGGGAGAGCCUGGGGCACAUGUGGGGCCCAGGGAAGUGGAGGGGGCAGCAGAGAUGGGCCCAGGGGCCCCGUGUGCAGAGGAGACACAGGCACAGGAGGUCCCCGGAGAUGGUAGGAUCCAUCCAGGGAGGAUGGAAGGGGCUUCUCCCAGGGAGUGGCCAGCUGAGCAGAGGGGAGCCUCGGCAAGCGGCGUCCAGGGGCCAAGAGACAGCGCACCGGGCACCUACAAGCAGCUGUCUUGGGCGGCUGGGAGCAUCACUACCGAGGACAGCACGGGGACCGAGAGCGAGCCAGGAAACAGCCUCGAGGAGGAGCGUGUGCCUCCCCUGGGUCCCAUGGGGCCUCCCGAGAGUUCCGGCUCUGAAGCGGCCAGCACCUUCAGCAGCUGUGCCCAGGGCGUCCUGCACAGUCCUGAAGCCCUGGCCGGAGUCCAGGGGCCAGAAGGUGCUGCCCCCAGGCCUCCUGGUUCAGGCCUCGGAGACCCUCUGAGUCUGUUUGAUGACGAGGUUUCUUUUUCCCAGCUCUUCCCCCUGGGGGGCCGCUUGACUCGAAAGAAGAACCCCCGUGUCUAUGGGAAGCGUUACAGGAAGCCGAAGCGCCAGCCGCUGCCAGAGCCCUGCAGCGAGGCUGGGGACAGUGCCGUGCAGCCCUCUGCCUGCCUGCCCAUGGACCUCAGCGACUCCGGCUCCCUCUGCCUUUCCCAGGAGGACCCAUGGGACGAUGAGGCCACGGGGCUGCCAGAGUCCUUUCUCCUAGAUGGGCUUCUCAGCGGCAAGCUGCCAGGCAUGACCCCCUGGGCCCCCUGCUCCAGCCCGUGGGUCCCAGAGCCUACCAAGGAGACCAGCCGAGCCGAGGGUGUGCUCUCCCACUAUGCGGAGGCCGGGCCAGAGAGCAUCCCUGAGCUGCAUGUGGUCCCAGCAGCCUGGCGGGGCCUGGAGCUGCGGGCCCCCGCGGUUGAGGCGCCGCAUUCUCUUGGAGAUGUGAGCCCAGAGCCCCCUAACCUGGAGAGAGAGCACUAUGACCGUGGGCUGCCCACGGGGGCCAGCCCGAUGCCAUUCCACACCCCGGACUUCGAGGUGCUCGGGCCCAAGGUGCCAGUGCAAGACCUGUGCCUCCUGGGAGCCUGUGAAGACCUGGCGGGUGCCCCCAGCACAAGCUGCUUUGACCUGAAGGCCAUGGGGAGUCCACAGGGGCCGCAGGGCAGGACAGAGGAGGCAUCCAGACCCAAGAGGGCCGAGGGCCGAGACCAGGCCACUAAAGGCCGGAAGGCCCCCUACAAGUGCAGGGUGUGCUUCCAGCGCUUCCACGGCCUGGCCGAGCGGGAUGCCCACAGGCUGGCCCACAGCCCCUCGCCGCCGCCCACCUGCUACAUGUGCGUGCAGCGUAGGUUCGGCUCCCGUGAGCUGCUGCGGGAGCACCUACAGGAGAAGCACGCACAGGGCAGGCCAGGGCUGUGGGCCUGUGGCAUGUGCCUCAAGGAGGUGGCGGACGUCUGGAUGUACAACGAGCACCUGCGGGAGCAUGCCACCCGCUUUGCCCGCAGGGCGCCCACGUGGGGACCUCCCGGAGGUCUGGCCCCGCUGCCCACGCGGCUCCGCACCCCUGCCCGCCCCCUGAAUGGCAUCACAGGGCAGACGUCCAGACCCCACAGGUGCAAGCACCCCAAGGGCGGGGCCAGCGGGAGUCCCACAAAGCUGUCGCAGCCAGAGGGCAACGCAGAGGAAGAGACCCCAGGGGAGGGGAUGAGACCCAUGGUGCGCCCCGCCCCCCCGGGCCACGAUGCUGCUGCCUGCGUGCCAGACGGCUCUCCAGCCGGCGUGCCCGCCAGCAGCCCCGCCGCUCUCUCAGGCUCCCCCAACCCGUCUCCCGACGCCUGGUGCGGCAGUGAGCCGCUCCUUCAAGCUGCCCAGGUGCACGAGGACUGCAAGGACCCGUCCCGAGACUGCCACCACUGCGGGAAACGGUUCCCCAAGCCCUUCAAGCUGCAGCGCCACCUGGCGGUGCACAGCCCCCAGCGCGUCUACCUGUGUCCCCGCUGCCCUCGGGUCUAUCCCGAGCACCGGGAGCUGCGCGCGCACCUGGGCGGGGCGCACGGGGUGGUGGAGGGGCCGGAGCCGCAGCACACCCCGCUGUAUGCCUGCGAGCUGUGUGCCAACGUCAUGCAUGUCAUCCGGCGCUCCUUCGCCUGCAGCUCCUGCAACUACACCUUCGCCAAGAAGGAGCAGUUCGACCGGCACAUGGACAAGCACCCGCGCUCGGGGCGGCAGCCCUUCACGUUCCGCGGCGUGAGGAGGCCAGGAGUCCCUGGACAGAGGGCCCCCACCCCUGAGGGCAUACUGCCCAGCAAGCAGCCCAGACUGCUGGCGCCCGGCAGCACCCUCGAGCCCCAGGCCUGCGGGCCCCUGCAGGGCAGCAGCCCCACCCUGAGCGAGGGGGCGCCCCCAGCCCUGCCCCAACUCUGCGUGGAUGUAAUUCCCAGUGAGCCCGAGGGGCGGCCCGCAACCCAAGAGAGCCCGAGAGGCGGCCCGCAACCCACGGAACCGGCCCGCCUUGCAGUCAGGGGCCCAGGCCCACCGCCUGACCUGGGGGACCUCCCAGCCCAGUCUCUGUCCCCUUCCCCCACUGCCAAGGCUGAUGGCAAAGGUGGCAGCAAAGUGGGUGGGGCAGCUCUGCAGCACACUGUCCCUCCCCAGGCCCUGCCGGGCACAGGGGCCCAGGACGUGGCAGACAGGAAGGCGCAGCAUCUGGCCUCAAGGAAGCACAGGCCCCUGGUUGCUCACGGCCACUCCCCAGAGGGCAUGCUGCUCCUCCAGGAAGAGAAGCAGGUGUCCUCAAGCCACGUGGUGCUUGGGGGGACCUGGGGUGGCCCCUCCCACAAGCACAGUGCCUCCACACCUGGGAACUGCUGGAGUUCAUCAAAGGACAGGCCCACACCGGACACACUCCCAGAGCAGCUGAGGGUGGCUGUGGGGAGCCUAGCACCUGGCACGCCGCCCCCGCCCCGAGGUGCUGAGCACAGGACGAAGCCCCCCACCCCUAAGGGCAGGGCAGGCCCCAGCUCCCGGAGCACCAAGGCCGUGGGUGACGUGCGGCCCCAGCCUGCCAGCAGGCAGCUCCAGAGGGAGGCAGCCACCAUGCCAGCCAAGGCCACUAGCCCCGGCAGGAGCCCCCCAGCAGGCAAGCCCCUGUCUCGGGCCCUCACCAAGACCUCCCGUGGGAGCCCAGGCCCCAGCCAGAGGGCAGAGGGCAGUGAGGAGAGGAGCAAGGGCCUGGCCCCAGGGCCUGCUGGGGGAGACAGCCCAGACAAGCGCCCCCGGCCCCCUCGGAAACAGGCAAUGCCCAGCCGUGUGCUCCCUGCCAAGCCCAGGCCCGGCAGCCAACACAGCAGGACCAAGCUGCGGCCCUCGGAGCAGCGGAGGGGGGCACCUGGGCACACCCACGGGAAGGAGGGGCUGGGCGAGCCCUUCCCCAGGGUAAGGCCCCUGCUCAGGCCCCCCAGAAGAGGCAGGGCCAGUCAGGGGCCCCAGCCAGCCCACGCCCGAGACUGCCGGACGGCGGCAUCCCAGAACGACCUCCUCAACCAGCUCUUCGGGCCCAGACUAACAGGCUUCCGGAUCCCCUUAAAGAAAGAUGCUUCUGAGUGACCCGUGGGAGUGGGCGCUGCAGCAAGGCCAGGCCCGCCCAGACAGCCAGGCUUCCUCGUCCCGAGACGGCUAGCGCAGUGGCCAUGCCUCUGCCCUGAUUGUGACGCCAGAGCAGGGGAAGGAGGGCAGCUGCAGCCCCUUCCCUCCAGCCCGCGUGCCUGCCAGCUCGGGGCCAGGACCACAGGACGGUCUCCAGCUCCCCGCCGCCCAGCCGGCAGUAAGUCAAGGCCCCGCCUGGCACUUUCCCCUCCAUCGGCUGCUGCUGCAGGCCUUCCAGAGGUCAGGGGGCAGGAGGGCCCCCACAGACAGGAGCAGUUUCUGAGCCAGUGGGUCCCGAGAAUACAAGGGGCCUUCCCCCUCCGACCACGGUUCACGCAGGCCACUUGGCCCCUGGCCCAGCUCCCACACAGGCGAGGGAAACUGCCCCUCCGAGCUCCCAGAUGCCCCCCCCACCGCCUCUCCACGGCAGCUCUGGCUCCCAGCAGCAGCGAGUAUACGUCUCUGGUGCUAUGUCCGUGCUGAAAUGUGAAUAGCAGUUUCCUCGCUGUCUGUUUUUCGUAACUGGGCAUCGGUGGGCAGUGGGUCGGCAAGGUCACGCCCGGGCACAGGACCCCGACAGUCAGGGAUCCUCAGGCGUGGAGGCGGCUCAUGCACUGCACACCCAGGGGUGGCGUGCGUGUCUCCCACGAGCCCUGUAUGAGGAGGGGCAGGCGGCACCGCAACUGCUUGCUCCCUCGUGUUCUGGGACCCCACGCGCAGGUGCGGGUUUCUGCUGAUUCAGAAGAGACCAGUCGGGCCACGCUGGCCUCGCCAGCGCCACAGGUCAGUGUGGGUGGGCAAAAGCAGGCCAAGGCUACACUGACCCUAGCCGACUCUCUUUUCAAAUAUACUCCCACUAUUU